UUGUGUCUGAUCAUAUAUUGUAUGUUUUCUUUUAGUGAAACCAGAAGACUAGAACUGGAAAGGAAAUUGAUAGAAUACAAAAGUUCUGAUGCGUAUCUAAUGAAACUAAAAUAUGUGAAGCUGAAAAAGUACUUGGAAGAAGUAAAUGAACGCCAAAAAAGAGCCCUUCUACGAAAUCAGACAUUCUUAAAUGAAUUCAACGGGUUUGAAGCUCACAUGAAAGCUUCGAGUUCAGAGCUGAUUGAGAAGAUGGUACGGUAUGGAAGAGAAAUUAAAAGUGGGCUGUCAAUUCAAGAGGGUGGCUUGGCACAAGGUGACAAGGAAGAAGGAUGCAAUGAGCAGAUGCCACAGGCUGCAAGGCAGGCUGGAAUUCAUGCCGAGACAGCUGUGUCCAGAAGCUUGCAUCACCCAUUGCCAUUCCUCAUGGGCCACUGCAUGUCUGCCUGCAGUGUGCAGCAGGAACCCCCUCAGACUGCUGCCCGCCCCAGCAGACUGACAGCCUUGCAGGGUGAUGAGACAGACGGGCAUCCCGUGCAAGCUGAUGGUGACAUGCAGCUUGCCAACAAGCCUGAUGAGCAAGGUGGCAAGUCAUAUAUCCCCAUGGGGGAGAAGAUGCCCAUUGGAGACAGCAACUUGCACAGCAGUCUUCUGAAUUUUACAGAACAGAAAAAUUCCACUGAAUCCUGCUCAACAUUACCCGAUGGAGAAAGUGAGCAGAGCAGGACUGCUGACUUAGCAAGUGACACAUCAGUGGAGGAGGUGGUGACCCACGAGCACCUGGUAGCAAGUGCAAAAGAAGUCUGUGAGCAGUCUGUCCUCUUGGCACCUGCCCCUGAGCCCAGCAUCUCUGGUAUGUGGAACCUCUGCUCCGCUGUGCUGCAGCAUGCUCACCCCAAACACAAACAUCCUGAGCAGACCAAAGUGGGAGAGAGGAAGAGGAGGAUGGGGAUGUGCAAAGCAAAAAACAAGCAGCGAGAGCUGAACCUGGGCCUUUUGCACUGGUGCCAGUCCUGCAGUGCCUCCUACAAGGCUGCUUUGUCCUGGCAACCUACUUAA